AUGGACCCCAUUACUCUUGGUCCGGAUGCUACCAUUGCUGAUGUUGACAAAAUCAAGGCUACUCGAGGAUUCUCUACUGUGCCUGUUACAGAGAGUGGGUCGAUGGGUAGCAAGCUGUUGGGGCUGGUCACCAGUCGCGACAUCGACUUCAGGAAGGACAGGAGCAUCAAGCUCUCGGAGGUGAUGACACCUGCCGAAAAGCUGGUCGUGGGCUGCGAUCCCAUCUCCCUUCCUGAGGCCCAUCGCAGGAUUAGGGAAUCGAAGAAGAACAAGCUCCCUAUUGUGAAUAAGAAUGGGGACCUCGUGGCUUUGAUCUCGCGUCAAGAUCUAAAGUCUUCCCGUAACCACCCCAAUGCUACGUUGGAUGCCAACAAGCAGCUCAUGGUGGGGGCUGCCGUCAGUACCCGUCCAUGCGACGAGGCUCGUGCUCAGCAGCUCAUCGAAGCUGGUGUCGAUGUAACAGACUCAUCUGCUGUGAUGGUUUCUAUAUUCUCUCUGUACAGGUGA